AUGUUGAUGAAAGUUACUACAAUACUUGCUGUCUGUGCCAGUGGUGCAAUUGCUCGAAAUGUGCAACAACAGCAAGUCCUAUUGAACUCAGUGGACGGCAGCAGCCAGGUUGGGGGUGCUAGCGGUAAUGGUGAUGUGAAGCGACCAAACGUCGUGAUGAUUUUGACAGACGACCAAGAUAUGCAUAUGCAGUCAUUGGAUUAUAUGCCUCUAUUGAAAAAGCACAUGACAGACCGUGGAACCUUUUACAAACGCCAUUUCUGCACCACAGCUGUGUGUUGUCCUGCUCGCGUGAGUCUGUGGACUGGGCGAACGGCGCACAACACCAACGUCACCGACGUCAAUCCUCCUCACGGUGGCUAUCCAAAAUUCAUCAGUCAAGGACUCAAUGAAAACUACCUACCUGUGUGGCUUCAAGAUGCUGGCUACAACACCUAUUACACGGGCAAGUUGUUCAAUGCGCACACUACAGACAAUUACAAUGCCCCUCAUGCCGCAGGAUGGAAUGGCUCUGACUUCCUCCUGGACCCGUUUACAUACUCAUACUUGAACAGCACCUACCAGCGCAACAAGGAACCUCCAGUCAGCUAUGAAGGUCAUCAUACAGCCGACGUACUCGCCAAAAAGGCCAUGGGCUUUCUAGACGAAGCGGCAAGUAACAGUGCACCAUUCUUCCUCGGCCUCUCCCCCGUUGCUCCUCACUGCAAUGUCUGGGAAAACACCACUGGUGAUCACUCAACAGAAAAGUACAAACCGCUCUUCUUUACGCCGCCUAUUCCCGCCGACCGCCACAAGCAUCUCUUCAAAACCGUUAAAGUCCCGAGAACGCACAAUUUCAAUCCUGAGAAUCCCUCGGGUGUUAGCUGGAUGGCCAAGCUUCCCAAGAUUGAGGAUGGUGAUGUAGACGCCUACGAUGAAUUCUACAGAGCGCGCCUCAGAACACUCCAGUCAGUGGACGAACUAGUACAAGACGUCGUUCAUCGCCUAGAAGAGCUCAAUAUUCUGGAUAAUACCUACAUCAUAUACACCACAGAUAAUGGAUUCCAUAUUGGGCAGCAUCGACUGCAGCCUGGAAAAGACUGUGGUAUUGAGGAAGACAUCAAUAUCCCGCUCAUCAUCCGUGGACCAGGCGUCCCUGAAGGCCACACUACGGAAAUUGUGACAACACACACGGACAUGGCACCCACGAUUAUGGGCCUCAUUGGAGAGGCAGCGCCUGCAAACGCCAGAUUUGACGGCACAGCCAUUCCACUGACAAGUAGUGGUAUAGUAGAUGCAGCGAAGCAUCGUCAAGAGCACGUCAAUGUCGAGUACUGGGGCAUUGCCGUAGGUGAGGGUGGCAGACUAGGCGACGACUGCGUUUUUCAGAAUAACACAUACAAAGCUUUGCGAGUUGUUAGCCCGUCCUGGAAUCUGUACUAUUCGGUGUGGUGCACCAACGAACACGAACUAUAUGACAUGAAGAACGACCCAGGGCAAUUGAACAACCUCUUGUCGACUACCAAAAGGGAAUCACCAGUAGCCAGUUUAAAUGGGCAUGCUUUGGAUAAAGUUGUGGCACGCCUCGAUGCGCUGCUGUUUGUCUUGAAGUCGUGCAAGGAGGAGACAUGCGUCCGGCCAUGGCACUCGUUGCAUCCGCAAGGAAACGUGGAAAACUUGAAUGAUGCUCUUUCUGCUAAGUUUGAUGCGUUUUACACAGAGCAGCAGGUCAAGGUUGCGUUUAAUCGCUGCGAGCUUGCCCACAUCUUGGAAGCAGAAGGGCCGCAAUUUGAAAAGGACGGCUUGUUUUACCGACAAGGCCACAAGUGGUCCGAGUGGACCUAAUUGCGAGAUGAAAUUUUCCGCUCAAUACUAGUAGUAUACAAUACAACAUGAUUUACAAAGUACCAAAUGCCGCGUCCUGUCUGGGAAUCCCGAUUCGAGUCGACUCAUGCACAGUUGAAGU